CUCUCUAGCCCCAUAGAUCAGAUACAAAGAUAGACAAAGUUUCAUGGGUUUAGUAAGUCUCUUCAUUAUAGAGUAACUAGGGGUAGGCUUCGAAAGCUAUACCUGCAAAUAGAUAUGUUAUGAAUCCUCUUUCUUCUAUAUCAUCCUUUAUCCCGAACCUCGCAACUUCUUCCCACAUCCGAGUCGAUAUAUAAAGCUGAUCGAUGCAGACUCCACUUCGCUGAUCUCUUACUCGGAGUACUGUAGCUGUUGUUUGAGCUGAAGUCAUGAGAACAGGAAGCUGUGCUGUUCAGCAGGGGCUAACCGCAGAGGCGGCCACCGUAGUGAAGCAAGCAGUGACUCUAGCGAAGCGUCGGGGCCAUGCCCAGGUCACUCCGCUCCACGUGGCAAACACCAUGCUCGCUGCUUCCAACGGCCUCCUCCGCACGGCUUGCCUGCAGUCUCACUCUCAUCCUUUGCAGUGCAAGGCCUUAGAGCUUUGCUUCAACGUCGCCCUCAACCGGUUACCGGCUUCCAAUUCGUCGAGUCCCAUGUUAGGCCCACCGGCUCACUCUCCUUCUAUCUCCAACGCUCUCGUCGCCGCUUUUAAGCGAGCCCAGGCCCACCAGCGCCGAGGAUCCAUUGAGAGUCAGCAGCAACCUCUCUUGGCGGUGAAGAUAGAGUUGGAGCAACUCAUAAUUUCAAUUCUGGACGAUCCUAGUGUAAGCCGAGUCAUGAGGGAGGCCGGGUUCUCUAGCACCCAAGUGAAAAGCAAUGUAGAACAAGCAGUGUCUUUGGAUGUAUGCUCCCAGAAUGCCCCUUCGCCUUCUGUGAGUGGCAAGUCGAAGGAAAAUAAUAAUAGUAAUAAUAACAUAACCUCGAACGUAGGGAAAACGAUUUCAACGGUUAGGGAGGAGGAUGUUACUAGUGUUUUGGAUUAUUUGAGGAAUCAAAGAAUGAGGAGUAGUGUGCUUGUGGGGGAAUGUGUGGCCAGUCUAGAAGGAGUGGUAAGAAGAGUGAUGGAGAAAGUUGAGAAAGGGGAUGUUGACGAGGAGGGUGUGAGAGAUGUUAAGUUCAUUUCUCUCUCUCUUUCUGCUUUUGGGCAUGUCUCUCGAGUACAAGUUGAGAACAAGAUUGAGGAGCUUAGGAACUCGGCUAGAAGCAGCAGCUGCCAUAGCAAAGGAUUUAUUUUGUACGUAGGAGAUAUUAAUUGGGUAUUUGAAUACAGGGCUGGUUCGAGCCAGCAAGGGGGAGUCUACUACUGUCCCGUGGAGCACAUGAUCUCGGAGAUUGGCAAACUUAUUAACGGGAUUGGGGAGAAUGGAAGAUUUUCUGUUAUGGGUGUAGCCACUUUUCAGACUUACAUGAGAUGCAGAAAUGGAUCUCCCUCGUUGCAGACUGUUUGGGGUCUGCAUCCUCUCACAAUACCUGUGGGAAGCCUGAGCCUGAGUCUCAUCUCCGACAGCGGUCUACAAAAUGAGUCGACCAAGAAAGCCGACACAGGAACCAGAAGGCUAUUACCAGAAGGGGAUAAGGAGAAGAGCCCGGAUUCUUUGGCUGAGCCAUCCGCCAUGUUCGACAUCCAAGUUCGAAGCUUGCCGAGUAGCACUUGCAAUAGUGACUCCAGCACUUCAAGCCUUCCCGCAUGGCUCCAACAGUGCAAGGAUGAGAGUAACGGAGUUGCUUCCAAUGAUCAGGACUGUGUCCUAGUUCGCCACAAGUGGAGCUCCGCGUCCAAUUCAAUCCAAAUUCCACCCUUUUCUACUGAGAAAACACUCACAUUCUCCUCCGUAUCACCGUCUUCAUCUACUUCCUAUGACCAGCUGCACCCUAAUUUCUGGAUCUCAUCAAGUGCUAACUCUAACACACCCAAUGAGCCCACUUUGAAAAUUUACAUCCCAGAGCACAAGGACACGAAACAACCAUUUCCAUUAUCGAAUCCAAACUCCACCUCUUCCAGUGACGUGAUGGAAACGGAGUACAUGAGCAGGUUCGGAGAGAUCAACUCGGAGAACCUCAAAACCCUAUGCGAUGGUUUGGAGAGAAAAGUGCCGUGGCAGAAAGAUAUAAUACCAGAAAUUGUGAGUACAAUUCUACAAUGCCGUUCCGGCAUGAUAAGACGAAAGGGGAAGGUAAAAAACAGUAGUGAAGUAAAGGAAGAAACGUGGUUGUUAUUCCAGGGAGUUGAUGUGGGGGCUAAAGAGAAAAUAGCCAGAGAACUUGCUAGGCUUGUGUUUGGGUCCCAGAGGAACAUCGCCUCACUAGCCUUAAGCAGUUUUUCUUCGACAAGAGCGGAUUCAACCGAGGAUUGCAGAAACAAGAGAUCAAGAGACGAACGGAGUUGCAGUUAUAUCGACAGAUUCGCGGACGCAGUCUCUAGUAACCCUCAUAGAGUUUUUCUAGUUGAAGAUAUUGAGCAACUAGAUUGUCGUUCUCAAUUGGGAUUUAAAAGGGUCAUUGAAAGAGGAAGAAUAACGGACUCGAAUGGUGAAGAAGUCCGGCUUAGUGAUGCUAUCAUAAUUCUGAGCUGCGAAAGUUUCAGUUCGAGGUCAAGAGCGUGCUCUCCACCAGCGAAGCAGAAGUCAUGUGAAGAAGAGAAGAACGAGGUAGCUAGUUUGGAGGAUACAAGCCCUCGUCUGGCUUUGGAUUUGAAUAUUUCCAUUGAUGAUGAUGAGGACUGCGAAAAGGAUCAGUCCGUGGAUGAAAUUGGCCUUCUUGAAUCCGUCGAUAGACGUAUAAUCUUCAAAAUUCCGGAAUUAUGAGGCCAAACAAAUUUUCAAAAUAAUUCUUCCUCCACCUCUUUCUGUGUUUCAGGCUUCUUUCUAUUCACUUUAUUUUCAUCAUAUCCUUGAAUUUCCUUGGUCUGGAGGUGAAAUGUGAUGGCAUACCUCAGUACGCACUUCAAAUUAAUUAUGUAGAAUUACAUGUAUAUUACUGAGUUUAAAUUGUUA